AUGAGCACUGGAAUUCUCAAAGUUAUCGGCAGCAAAGUUGUCAAUAAUAAUGGCACCGAAGUUGUGCUUCGCGGUGCAGCUCUUGGGGGUUGGGCCAACAUGGAAAACUUCAUAACUGGCUACCCCGGACACGAGUCGCAGCACCGAGCCGCCAUGCGUCGAGUCCUCGGCGACCAAAAAUAUGAAUUCUUUUUUGACAAAUGGCUGGAGUAUUUCUUCACGGAAGCGGAUGCCAAAUUCUACGCUGGGUUGGGACUCAAUUGUCUUCGAAUUCCAUUCAACCAUCGGCACCUUGAUGAUGAUAUGAAUCCUCGCGUGCUGAAGGAAUCGGGAUUCAAGCAUCUUGAUCGGGUUGUUGAUUUGUGCGCAAAACAUAACAUCUACACCAUCCUGGACAUGCACACUGCCCCCGGCGGCCAGAAUUGCGACUGGCAUUCCGAUAACCCGUCCAACUAUGCCGCAUUUUGGGAUUACAAAGACCACCAGGACCGGACAGUCUGGCUCUGGGAGCAGAUCGCGACUCGAUAUCGAAGUAACCCUUGGGUGGCUGGAUAUAACCCGCUCAACGAGCCCUGCGAUCCACAGCAUGUGCGUUUACCGGCAUUCUAUGACCGCAUCGAGAAGGCCAUCCGGGCGAUCGACCCGGACCAUAUCCUCUGGUUAGACGGAAAUACGUUCUCGAUGGAGUGGAAGGGGUUCGACAAGGUUCUGCCGAAUUGUGUGUACGCGAUGCAUGAUUACUCGUCAAUGGGCUUCCCAACAGGCCAGCGCUACAAAGGCACACCCGAACAAAAAGAACAAGUCGAACGACAAUACCUCCGCAAAGCCGAAUUCAUGACCAAGAAUGGCACAGCAAUCUGGAACGGCGAGUUCGGACCCGUAUACGCCUCUGAAUCCGAGAUCGAUGCCCAAGCCAUCAACCAGGAACGGUACAACCUGCUUGGUGAGCAGCUGCGCAUUUACGACAAGUAUAACAUUCAUUGGUCGAUUUGGCUGUAUAAGGACAUCGGUCUGCAGGGGAUGAUCCACACCAGUCCGAACAGCAAGUGGAAUAAGACGAUCCAGCCAUUCCUGGAGAAGAAGAACCGUCUGUGGCUGGAUAACUGGGGUCGGAAGCCCUCGUCGGAGCCGGAGGCCGUGCUGAAGCCGUUGGUGCAGUGGAUCGACCAGGUCAGUCCGCAGGCGAAGGAGACAUACCCGACGUCGUGGAAUACUGAGAGGCAUAUGCUGCGGGCGGUGUUUCAGACGUUUUUAGCGGCGUCGUUUGUGGACGAGUUUGCGGAACUGUUUAGGGGGAUGGACGAGACGGAACUCGAGGCUUUGGCGCACAGCUUCCACUUUGAUGAGUGCGCGCAGAGAGAAGGGUUGAAUGAUAUUUUGAGGGAACACGCUCGGGUGGCUGGAAAAUAG